AUGGAAGAACUUGCUCCAGCACCCGAAGAGAAGGCCAAGAAUGCGUUUUUGAACACUGGCAGCCGACUGAUGGCCGGCAACAAUGCCCUCGCUGCUGUGGAUGAGAGCGGUGUGGCUACCAGCGAAACCAUUUUCGGCAGCAAACCAAUUGCGGAUCUCUUUCCUGCCACGACUAUCAUGUUCGGAGACAUGGUUGGCUUCACUGCAUGGUCAAGUGCUCGAGAGCCCUCGCAAGUGUUCACAUUGCUGGAGACCAUCUACUACUCCUUUGAUUCUAUUGCGAAGCGCAGGCGGGUGUUCAAAGUCGAGACAAUCGGUGAUUGCUACGUCGCAGUUGCUGGGCUGCCCAUGCCUCGAAAGGAUCAUGCUACUGUUAUGGCGCGAUUUGCUCAUGACUGCCUGGAAAAGAUGACUGAGCUUUGUCACGACUUGGAAAGUACCUUUGGCCCCGAUACGGCAGACCUUCGCAUGCGUAUUGGAUUGAAUUCCGGUCCAGUGACAGCAGGAGUGCUUCGCGGAGAAAAGGGGCGCUUCCAGCUCUUUGGAGAUACCAUGAACAUGGCCUCGAGAAUGGAAAGCACCGGAGAGAAAAACAGAAUCCAAGUUUCUGCUGACACAGCAGCACUUAUCAAGGCUGCCGGCAAAGGAAAAUGGCUAAGUCCACGAACAGAAAGAGCCCAAGUGAAGGGUAAAGGGGUGAUGCAAACUUACUGGCUGAGGAUCUUUGCCGAGUCAUCAAGUGGUGCCAGCUCCAUGGGGACGGCGAUGAGCGAGUUUGGAGGCGACGAUGCGGUGGCUGGUCUUGUUGGGAACUUGGCUCCAUCCAUGGACCCAUCGAAGCAGCAAGAAGUGGAAGAGGCCAAGCUCAAUCGUUUGGUGAAUUGGAACGUUGACAUCUUGAGCAAGGUUCUCAAACAGAUUAUGGCCCGUAGGAAGGCCAACCCUCCGAAAUUGCCAGCCAAGCCAGAGAAAACCAACGUUAACAACAAGAAAGGUCCCAUGCUGGACGAGGUCGUUGAUGUAGUGAAUCUCCCUCAGUUUGACUCCAAGAACUACCGAAACUAUGUCGACCCUGCUACCGUCCAACUAUCGACCGAAGUCCAGGACCAGCUUGCCCUAUUUGUCAGAAAGGUCGCAAGGCUCUACAGAAAUAAUGACUUUCACAGCUUCGAGCACGCGUCGCACGUCACAAUGUCAGUCACCAAGCUUCUCUCUCGAAUUAUCAACCCACAUGAAGUGCGCGUUCGCAAGGGAGGGUCACUUGGGGUUGCUGAAGACCUCCACGACCACACUUUUGGUAUCACAAGCGAUCCUCUUACUCAGUUCGCUUGUGUCAUCAGUGCCCUCAUCCACGAUGCUGAUCACCCAGGCGUGUCAAACUCAGUGUUGGUGAAAGAAAAGAGCCCUCUUGCAAUCAAGUACAACGACAAGAGUGUGGCCGAACAGAACAGCGUGAAUUUGGCCUGGGAACUGCUGAUGAAGCCAGAGUUUGGAGACUUGCAAGCUUGCAUCUAUGCCAAUGAAGAAGAGUUCCUCCGUUUUCGACAGAUCGUCGUCAACGUCGUCCUUGCCACAGAUAUCAUGGACAAGGAGCUCGGUGCCCUUCGAAAGUCCCGCUGGGACAAAGCCUUUGCCAUCGAUGGCAGUGCCAAGGAAGACGGCGGGGAAACUCAUGUUGCCGUCAACAGGAAGGCCACAAUUGUGUUGGAGCAUCUCAUUCAAGCUUCCGAUGUUGCCCACACAAUGCAACACUGGCAUGUGUACAGGAAAUGGAACGAGCGCCUCUUCUGCGAGGUCUACAAAUCUUAUCUGGAUGGACGCAUUGAUAAAGACCCUUCCGAAAGCUGGUACAAGGGAGAGAUUGGCUUCUUUGACUUUUAUAUCAUCCCCCUAACAAAGAAAUUGGCCACUUGUGGUAUCUUUGGCGUCUCCUCGGACGAAUAUCUCUCCUACGCUGAGAAUAACCGCAACGAAUGGGAAGAGAAAGGGGAAGCAAUUGUACAAGGAUAUUUGGAAACAUUUGGCCGGGCUCCUGAAGACGCUCAGGAAAACAAGACUGUUGAUUGUUAG